AUGACAUUCAGACGCAACCCUUCUUAUUAUGAUCGGCCAUUGACAGCCUUCAAAAUUGAGCCGGAACCAAUAUUCUCCUAUGUGAAAUCCUUUGCCCCAGCGACAAUAGCAAACGUGGGCCCGGGCUCUAAUCAGAAUCAGGUCAAUUGCGCCAUCGAUGGCAGUAUUGGCAAUUAUGUUUCCGUUCGCAUUGAUCCAGAGGUUACUCCUGGAACACCAGCAAUCUCUGACAUUAAUGGCGUUAUACCCAAGGGAUAUUAUCCUGAAAUUAGUUCCGCCGCUUUACAAGUCAUGACAAAGCUGGGAAUCAAAACCGUCGGUCUUUCCCUCUCUAUCGAGAAGGGAUUACCACCGUCAUGGAGUAUUGAAUCCAAAGCUGCUACUGAUGCUGCAGUUCUUGUUGCUGUUAAUGAGCUUUUCGGCAGGAAAUUGUCGGUCUCAGAAUUAAUUCAGGCGGGUGUCGAUGGACUGAGUUUAUUGGAAUGGGAGGACCCCGAUUAUCAAGUCUUCUUCAUCGGUAAUUUAAUGACAGUGAUCAUGGGAAGUUUUGUGAUGAUCCACAGACACCUAUCUCCUCUUGAAAUAAAUCCUCUUGAAUUUCCGGCUGAGAAAGAAUUGUUUUUCAUUUUUGUGAACCCAGAAAUCGACAUUGAGAACUCGUGUAGACAAGAGAUGGGGGCAUCUAUAAAGGAAACACAAAAAGAUUAUGCGAAGACGAAGACGAAGCCUCAUUCGAGUGAGUACUGCGGGCAGAAUGCACCACUAAUUCCUGGUUUUGAAGUGAUACGCGAGACGGCCGAGGGGAAAGCAAUGAGGUGUAGAAUAAUUAAAAACAGGGUCAGUGAUGAUGAUGAUGAUGAUUAUCUAGAGAAGGUUAUGGAGGAGAGUAAAUCAAAAAUUCCUGGCCUUGCAAAGGUGAUGAAAGUAGCAUUGGAGGAAGGAGCAUUUGGGUGUAAGUUGGUUGGGCCUAAGGUUAUAGUUGCAGUUAUUGAUGAUAUGGAGAAAGGUAAAGAGAUUGGAUAUAGAAUGGUGGAAGCUUUCCUCAACCAUGGAGGAGGUUUGAAGGCUUCUGCAAUGGUUCACAAGCUUGAUCGGGUUGGUGCCAGGGUUAUUAGUAGAGAAUGA